UAAACAUUACACAGUAUGAUUGGUUGUCCCGAGGCGGGUCCUUCGGAUUUCGUCGCCUUUUACUAUAAUAUACAACAAAAUAUAUACACGUUAAAUCUCGUUGUGGAUACAAGUGAAUUAUAACAACCGCGACCAUGCUAACAAGAAAUUCAAUGUGACAUUAGUUUACUAAAAAAAAAAAAAAAGAAGAACAAAAAAGUGUUAAAAUUUCAAAUGGACCACUGAUUUAAAACAAUUUUGUGAACUGCCUAUUUAUAGUGUGUAACCGGAGGAGAACUGUCAAAUAUUUUUUCUAAACAAUUGAUAAUAUCUUCUCAUCGAGAAUGGUAGGCUACUAUCAUCAAUCGGAGACAAUAUUAAAGCGUGAAACAACGCCAAAGCCAGUGGCAAUUGUCGCUUCAAAAUUGGAACCAAUAAAACCAGUAAAAAGUCUUGUGUGCAGUCCUGACUUGUCAGCGUUCACAUCACCUGCCGCUGAACGUUUAACAACACACAAUGAAAAGCCCUAUCAAUGUAUGUUGUGUCAAAAAAUAUUCGAUCAAAAAAACGUUUACCAAAGUCACCUGAGAACUCAUGGCAAAGAGGGCGAGGAUCCAUACAGGUGUAAUAUUUGCAGUAAAACAUUUGCCGUACCAGCACGACUCACAAGGCAUUAUCGUACUCAUACCGGUGAAAAACCCUAUCAAUGUGAAUAUUGCAAUAAAGCAUUUUCGGUUAAGGAAAAUCUAAGUGUUCAUCGACGUAUUCACACCAAUGAGCGUCCUUAUAAAUGUGACGUUUGCGAAAGAGCAUUUGAGCAUAGUGGCAAACUUCACAGGCACAUGCGAAUUCACACCGGUGAACGUCCACACAAAUGUUCAGUUUGUGAAAAAACAUUCAUUCAAAGUGGUCAACUUGUUAUUCACAUGCGUACGCACACGGGUGAAAAACCAUAUGUAUGUAAAUCAUGCGGCAAAGGAUUUACAUGCUCAAAACAACUCAAAGUUCAUACACGAACUCACACUGGGGAAAAACCCUAUAAAUGCGAAGUAUGCGGCAAAUCAUUUGGCUAUAAUCACGUUUUAAAACUUCAUCAAGUCAAUCAUUAUGGUGCAAAAGUCUAUAAAUGCACACUCUGCAAUGAGACAUUUACGAAUAAAAAAAAUAUGGAAGCUCACAUUAAAGUUCAUUCCGAUUCGGUUCCAACAAAUCAAGAACAAGAAAUUGCUCCCAAUAAGGAGAAUAAGACUGAGGAACAAGAACAAAGUUACAAUAAUACAGGAAGGGAUUUCUCCUAUUAUGUUUAUCAAAGGGAUCAGUAUUCACAGCCAAUUGGAGGAGUGAAUCCAGCAUUAUUAGCCGCAGCGGCAGCCGCUGCCGUUGAGGAACGAUCCUUUCAGGAGCCAUCAACGCAAGUUUUUCUCUAUCCCGAAUUAUCGCCUGCCUAUUCACCUUAUUCAUCGUACAGUGGACCGAGUAGUGAUUCAUUGACUGAAAAUGAAUCGAUACUCAAUUUACCCGGUAAUGAUGCACGUCGAAGAGUUGAAGCUGCCCUUGAAGCAGUCGAGGAACAACGUCAACGUGAAUGUGGUAUAAAUGUUGAGAAACAUCCAAUUCUCACACCGCCAAGCAGUAAUCCCGUGAGUCCAGCACCAUCACCAGAUCCACUUGAUCUCGUUAUACCCGUAAAAGAAACACUCAUUCUCCCACCGCGUAAACGUUGUAAAAUGAUUCUCGAAUCAAUGGAACACGAACGUUCUGGUAUUAAUGCACAGAGACAAAAUUCUGUCAUUCAAUUUGCUCGCGCCUCAUAGUCAUUCACAAUUUUUAGAAAAGCCAAGGAAAUAAUUAAUUUUUUUUCCGAUUUUUUUUUUUUUUUAAAUUUUAAAAAACCGGUGUUUAGCAAUGCUUUAUUUAUUUCGUCGAUCACUUUUCCCAUAUUCAAAAAGCUCAAUAAUUGAGCGAGCGAUCAUUAAAGACUUUAAAAACUACCAAACAAUUAAUAUCUCUGUGAUAAGAAUUUUUUUUUUAAAUUCGUACAAAAUUUACAGAAACAUAUUUUUAUUUUACGAAAGAAAAAAAAGUUUCGUAUAGUGUUUUCUUUAAAAAAAGAAAAAUUAAAUUUCCAAAAUGUAAAUUUUUACGAAAAGUACACUAAAAAAAAUAAUCUUUUUUUUUUUGAAAAAUAAUAAUUUUUGAGGUAAAAUUCAAAUUUCUUUCAUUUCUGUAAAUUUUUGCGAAUUUUUUCCAUGUGUGUAAAGUGAGAGGGAGCUGCGAGCCCACUGCCAGUUUUUAAAAAAAAAAAGUGUUUAGCGUAAACGUAUACGCGCGGGUCACAUUUUAUUUAGAGCAUUUUUUUUUCGCGACCUACAUUUCUAAUUUUUAAUAUGUUAUUAUUAUCUAUUUUCAUUUGUAGUAUUUACAUUUUAAAAAAGCGAAUUUUUUUUUUUUUUUUUUUUAAAUGUGUAUUACAAAUUUUAUUUCGAAACCGCAAAAAAAAGCAUUUCUAAGACUUUAAAAAUCUAAAUAGAUUCUUCACAAAAGUCGAUAUUAUAAUGAAAGAAAAAAGAAAAAAAAAUACGAAGGGCUCUAAUCGUUGCAUUAUAGCGUAUAUAUAUAUAUAUAUAACAUUAUUUAUAUUUCUCUUAAAAUAUUCUAUAAUCUAAUUUUUAAGGCGUACACGGCGGUGUGACAUUAUUCCUGUCCCCGCAAAAAACGCAUAGAACUGAUUACUUAUAAAGUUAUCACUUCAUAAUGCGAUUCCAUUCGAUUUUUCAUUCAUUAUUUCGAUUUUUUCCCUUGUCCACUUUUUUGUCACUUAAAAAAUUUACUGAAAAUCAAAUUUUUUAUCUGGAUUUGAUCUAAAAAAAUUUGUUUUUAUUUAUUAGAAAAUUAUUUAUUGAAUUGAUGAAAUUUUGUACUUAAUUGUUUGAAAAUAGAUAUUUAAUUUACACUGAAUAAUUUUUUUUUUUUUUUUUUUUUGGAAAAAAAUAAAAGUGGACAAAGAAUUUAAAAAUUCAUAAAUCGAACACUCGUACCGGAAUACGUAUAAUAAUAAGAAGUCAUUGUCUUGUCAAAGUAUUUGAUCGUUUAUCGCUGUUAUUUGGCUUUCGAUAUAGAAUAAAUAAGAAACUUAAAAAAAAUUUAGGUGGUGGAUUUGGAUUUUACAGAGCGGGAGCUUCGUGGCGUUCCGUCAUUUACGAGCGUUAAAGUCACCAAAGUUUCAAAUAGAUUCCUCUCCACUGCUUUCUAUAUAAAUAUAUAUAUAUAUUAUUAUUAUUAUUAUUCUUUUAGCCAUUAAUUUUUAGAAUAUUAUCGAAAAUGUUGUAUGCGCCAGGAAGCAAGGUUCUGUAAUUUGAAAACAUUUUUAGAGAAACAAAAAUCUAUGAAUGGAGUUUUAAAUCAGUUACAAAAAUUUUUCUUUUUAAAAAAACAUUUUUGCUAAUAUUUUUUUCUUAGAGUUUAUUUAUUCUGAAAAAUUUCAAAAAUUUACAGAUUAUUUAUGAAAAAAAAAAAAAAAAUUUUAUCAAAUCUAAUUUGAUUAAUAUUUUGUUUUUAGUCUUCAUUAAAUGAAGAUUUGUUUUACUUUGAAUCUUUUAUUAAAAAAAAAAAAAAAAAAAAAUUUCUUAUUUUAAAAAUAUUUCUUUAAAAGAAUUUUUAUUUCAAUUUUAUUUUUCAUUAUGGUACGAUGUUCGAAAUCCAUUUCAUAUUAUAUUGUCAUGUUAUAUCUAGAUGAAAUAUUUGAAACAUCUCAUUCAUUCAUUUACAUCAAUGAAAAAAAAAAAAAAAAAAAAAUCAAGCGCUAAUAUGACACAAACCGCCUGCCAUUAAAUUUGUAUAUCGUAUUGUUAAAAAAUAAAUAUUAUAAAACAACCUCAGUGUGAGUGAAAAGAAAAAAAAAGAACGAGUGCAUAUGUAAAUAUUAUUUAUAAAUUAAAUAUCAAGUGAAACGCAUGUUACAUUGUACGUCUUAAGUUUAUAAUCAAGUUUGAAAAUUUAAAAAAAAAAUGUAGACAAGUUCAUGUAACAGCUAGACAUUUAAUAUUAUUAUUAUUAUUAUUAUUAUAUUGUGAAAAAAAUGAAAUCCGCAAUAUCCAAAAAGUGGGAUUCGUCGUGACUGUGUGUUGUUAUUACAUUGUUUUUUUGUAUAUAGUCUCGAAAGCAUUAUAUAUUUAAAUUUAAGAGAGGUUGUCUGUUGGAAUGUACAAUGAUUUAUUUGGUAAAAAGAAGAAAAAAAAAACUGAUGAUUUAUUAUUAAUUUUUCGUAAAGUGCACUAUAUAAUUGUGACUUUCACAGUCACUUGUCCUACAAAUCAAUAAACAUUUUCAGUUAAUUAACAAA